AUGGAACAAUACAAUGGCAAUGACAGUUUCGAUACAGAUCUGGACGAUGAACAAGCAGAACAGCUCGAGAUAUUCAUCGUACCUCGAUUGACAUUCGAUGAAAAAUUAACUGCACACCGAGCUAAUCGAUUGAAUCAAACCUUUGGUCAAACAAACAUACCGCUCCAAUCACAUGAUGACUUAAGAAACGAAACUCUUGUUCCAUUACGGUGUCAAAUUCCAGCUGAAAAUGCAAGAGUUCAUAUCUAUGAAAAUAGCUGUAAAACACUCGACAUAACCAUCGACUGGCAAAUCCGAGGUUUUCUUCCUUAUGACACAAUCAAUAUCGCUGACCGAUCGUUCUCUUUCAAUGAUUUCCGCGCAUUUGCAACAGCACUUCAGUCGAAUUUAGAAAGUUUAACCUUACAUGCGGUUAAUCUGACCUCGUCAUCACUUUGCGUUCUUUGCCAAGGAUUAAUUAAAUGUGUUCGAUUGAACCUAUUAGAUCUUUCGGAUAACAAAUUAGGUAAACGAGGAUUCGAUGCAUUGGUGGCAACAUUGAAUGAACUCCCGUUGUUACGUUAUUUAUCAUUGGCGAACUGUGAAAUUCAAGAUUCGUAUGGAUACAAAAUCGGUGAUAUAUGUCGACAUCCCAGUUUAGUGGAAGUCAAUCUCACUGGAAACAAAUUUGAAGAGAAUGCUUGUAUUUUCAUUGGCAACGCAUUAACGGAAAACCAAAGUUUAACAUAUUUAAAUUUAAGUUGGAAUAUGAUACGAAGUUAUGCAUCCAUUGCCCUGUUUCGUGGAAUUGAAGUCAACGAAUGUUUAACAGAGUUGGAUAUAUCAUGGAGUGGAUUGAGUUAUGAUGGAAGUGUUGCACUUCGCCGAGUGUUAUGUGUCAACAAGGUUUUACAACGUUUGAACAUAAGUAAUUGUAAUAUUGAAUGGAUUAGCGCAAAGUUAAUCAGUGAAGGGUUGAGGAAAAACUCGACAUUACAACAUCUAAAUUUGGCAUAUAAUCCGAUAACAACCCAUGGUGCACAAUAUAUAAUUGAAGCAUUGGAUACUAAUACAGGUGGAAUUAAUAUGCUCGAUCUCUCGGGUAUAACUAUUUAUACGUCGACUGUUCGUUUAGCUGAAAAAAUUGCACGCGAAAGGGAUUUCGUAUUGAGAUAUGACUGUGAAAUACCCGUUCAUGAUAUGCUCGGUCGACAAUCAGCAACCAAAGAUGAUUCAAUACGUCGAGUAAUUCAACAUAUUGAAGAUAGAAAUUGGCGUAUAUUGGAAUACUUUCGAAUGUUGAACAAGUCGAAUAAACAAGAAAUCGACAGCAAAGCUAUUACACUUGACAUUGCCAAAUCGGGCGCGAAACUGGAAAAUGAUGAAAUCGAAAGUCUUCAUCAACGUUUGACGCAACGAUCUGGAGAAUCAUUGACUUACAAAAAUUUGAAUUCGAUUGUGAUGGACCAACGAUUACGUGAUCGAUCAUUGAAAGCUCGACAGGAGAAACACGCGAAAGAUAUGGAAAAGCGCAAUCAGAAGAUUCUCGAAACUGUCAGUCAUCAUUUUCCGGGUAUUGAAGUGAUAAGCAAGCAUCAAAAACGUCAAGAAGCAAUCGAACAAUUGGCUAGACCAAGAAUUAAGAUGGCUUUUACGCCGUAUCAACUAUUUUUAGCGGCUCUUAUGCUAAUUACUGGAAGUAUCAAUACUUUAUCAACGAAAUGGGCUGAUCGACAAACGUCUCACUUUUGUGAUGGAUCUGGUGAAAAUGUUACAUACGAACAUCCAUUUUUUCAAGGUGUUGGAAUGUUCUUGGGCGAAUUCUUAUGUCUAUUAGUCUUUAAAUUUAUCUGGUAUUCAACGGCUCAGUAUCGCAUCGAACGUAUGACGUACAAAGGCGAUGCAUCAUCUCGAAUUGUUCGUUAUUGGCCGAUAAAGAUUCAGAAAGACGUGCGUCUUGUCGACGGUGAACAAACAUUCAAUCCGUUGAUAUUCUGGGUUGCAUCACUUUGCGAUAUGACAUCAACGUGUUUAUCUUACAUCGCAUUGAAUUAUACCAGCGCGAGUUCAUUUCAAAUGCUACGUGGAUCUGUUAUGGUAUUUACUGCGUUGCUCAGUGUGAUAUUUCUUCGAAAGAAAUUAACGUGGAAACAUUGGCUUGGAAUUCUUGCAGUUGUAGCUGGCCUUGCAGUUGUUGGUGUAUCAGAUAUACUUUUUUCACAACAUCCCGAAGGGAGCCACACAAACACCGAGAAAAUUGCAGGUGAUGUCCUCAUCUUAGUCGGAAUGUUAUUCACAAGUUGUCAAGUUGUGUAUGAAGAACGGUUCAUUGGAAAAUACAAUAUUCCACCUUUACAAGCAGUUGGCUGGGAAGGAAUAUUCGGCUUUUCUACGCUUGGAUUGUUGCUUAUACCGUUCUAUUUCAUUAUUGUGCCUACAUCAAAUUCUGGUCCGGCGCAUCGACUUGAAGAUAUUCCGUCAGCACUUUGUCAAAUGCGAGGAAAUUGGAUUAUUAUUCUUGCAACAAUUGGAAAUGUCUUAUCCAUCGCCUUUUUCAAUUUUGCCGGUAUUUCUGUCACAAAAGAAUUAUCCUCAACGACACGUAUGGUACUUGACAGCGGUCGAACAUUAAUUAUUUGGGUUGUGUCAUUAGCAUUACAAUGGCAAGCGUUUUAUCCUUUGCAAAUAUUAGGCUUUGUACUUCUGGUUAUCGGUAUGGGUAUUUAUAAUGGCGUUUGGGAACAUCUCAUUCGACGCUUUCUCAGUCGCCCACCGAUAUCAAAUGAGCGAUCUCAAUUAUUACCUAGUCAUGAUGAUGUAUCAGUUUAUCAAUCAACAUCAACAACGAAUCCGUCAAGUACAUUCGCUGAAACAGUUAAUACAUAA